UGGAUGGACUGAUCUGCAAUCGAUCCACACAUCUUGCGUCUAACCAAAAAAAGAAGUAGCCCAGGUUCUCGCAUUCUCCGUGCGUGGAAAACGAAGCUAGCCUUAUCGAGAAAAUUCUCCAAAAAGUUGAAUCAAAACCGGUGCUAAAAGGAUGUGGAACCAGUGAGCAGUUCCGGACAACCGGAAUAUUCGACGCUGUGUCAUUAUUGAGGCGGUUGGAGAAGCGCGAAAAUUCGUCAUUCCGGCCAACAGCAAAAACGAAGCGCCUGUGUGCGAAAGAAAUACAUCACACCAAGGCACAUCAGCAGCAAUAUCGAACAACGAGCAGUGUGUGACGAAAAAUACGAAGUAAAACUUCUGGUCGUGGUCGCUGGUUCGCAGAAGCCCAGCAAACCACACGAAAAUCGAAGCCAAUGUACGAAGGAAUCAGGGACUCUGUCGACUGUCGCACUUUCAUACUGGGAAUCGCAAACCGUAAAGAACACAGGAGGAGCCGAGCAAUGUAUUUUUGCUUUCUGCGGGUCGACGUCGAAUUUGAAUUGCCAUUUUUCGUCAGGCUUCGCUGGCUUGGUAGUCGGGCGACAAGAGAGCAUUGAGCAUCAACAUCAAGCAGGCAGCAUCAAUUGCACUGCACGACGAUGCGAUGUACGUUCAACAUACACGGAAACAGAUAUAGCGUGAGAGGCAAACGGAAAACAGAAACGGAUUGUGAGCUUAUAGCGAUCGGCGAGAGCCAGAGAGACGGAGAGUCCGCUAACAGUACACACGAAAAUGCAGCAUUGGCAUGUGUACACACAGCACGCAGCAAAACGAUCAUUCUAUGACGAUCCCGGCCCGUGCACCACCAAAACGACAAAUUAUGAUUCUCGGCACCACUGCUAUGAACUGUUCUGACAUGGCCUUCAAGCUACCAGUACCAUCGGACGAUAACGAAGGCCAACUCGAUUAUUAUCGCAUUGGUAGUGAUCCACCCGUUGUUGGAAGAGCAGAAAGAACUUCCUUACCAGCACCAAUUGUAUCCGAGGAUCAACAAAAUGUUUCCCUAACGCGUGCUGCGUUCGACCGUCAAAAAGUGGAUUUUCUGUUUGUGGUUGUGCCACCAACUGAGUUGUUUUCUUCGACCACAACAAUCUACCAUUCGACGGUAUGCUAAAGGCAAGGUCGCCUUGUAUCUGAACAUUAGAAGCGCCUCUGGAAUUCGAUAAAACAUCAACAGCAACAGAGGCAAAUUUAAAACCUACAGCGACUAACUAGUGACAGAACAACGUACCGUACUGGAGCCAAGAGUACGGGAUAAACAGAGAAAAAGUGUUUGUGUGUUAUAUGUGCCCGUUUGUGUGUGUGUUGUGUGUUUGAGUAAGUUUAUAUUUUGGGCCAGAUACUCUUUUCGCCGAGAAAGAAACACAACGGCUUAAAGAAUUGGAAAGGAAUUGGCAUCGGUUGUUACGCUGCAGUAAAUGAUUGCUGGCUGCGGAAAAAAACAUCACAUACAGUAGAAGCUACAGGAGCAGAUAACCCGAUCAUGUCUGCGCCGCGAGAAAGUAUCAUGACAGCACCGUCUGGUUCUGUAAACAGUAACAAGUUUAAUAUUGUAACAUCAGCAACAAAUCAUAACUCCCCAGUGGGUGGCGGAGUUGGAACAGUAGAAGGACACAGUGGAGCAAAUUUUAGCAAUAGCAACGUUCACAGCACAGUAACACAGUCCUCGUCCGGCGGAAAUGUUCUGCUAACGGAUGGAGCGAGUUCCGCCAGUAGCAACCGCCUUCGACACCAUGCGGUCCAUCAUCCGCUUUUGGAAUGCAAUGAUCCCGUUGCGGCAGCAGCUGCUAGCGGCUUACAGCAGCUUUCUAAUGUGGCCGCACUCAAAUUGAGAGGCGAAUGCACGGGCCCCACGACAGUACAGUAUUCCAACAUGAUCUGCACGAGUUACGGUGCGACGACGGCAACCGCGACGACGACCACUAUGUCGACGACGCUGAGCAGCAAUAGUAGUAGCAGUAAUUUUAGCAAUAAUAGCAGCGUCGGCUCAGUCACCUCCCUAAGUACCAGUAACAGCAAUAGCCACAGUAGUAAUAGUAAUAGCAGCAGCAACAUUACCAGCGGUGGAACCCAAUUGAGCAACAAUAUCAAUGUGAUGCCGGGGCAGAGCCCAGCGCUGGCAACGGGCGGCGGCGGUGGUGGUCCAGUGGACAUAGGCAAUCGUAUGCAAGUGCUAAGCAAUGUGACGCUGGUGUCGAAGGGACAGCAACCUCAGCAGCAACAGAUGCAAUUACAAAUGCCGCAAACGACGGCAACUUUCAAUUACAUCGACUCAAGCGGGAAAAACAUCAAUGUGUACACCUCGCUCUGUGGCAAGCUGGGCUCAAGCAAGCUGAUCAGUUUGCCGUUAGGAAAGAUGAAAAAUCUCAACCACCAACAGCAGCAUCAGUUCAUCGGUUCGCAGCAGCACCAGUUGUUGUCGUCUUCCUCGUCCGUUGCAUUACCACAGCAACAGCAUGUGCCGACGGUGUCGAUUGCUGGUAGCGUCCUUACCAGUACCAGUAACAACAGUGGGAGCGGGAUUGGAUCAGCAUCGGCAACCAACACAAUGGUGCAGAAGCUUACGAUGCCCCGGAAUAUUCAGCUCGUUACGAGGAUACCAACGUCCAACAGUAGUGGAGGGCCGACAGUCAGCCACACAGCGACAACAGCGCUAAGCAACGGUAGCCGUAUACUGCAACAGCAGCAACCGCAAGCAAUUCAGUACAACAACACGAUCGGACAGAUUCAGGAUACCGGUGGUGGAGGAUUAGCGACGAUCGGUGGCACACCGAUAGAGCUGAAAAACGUAGUAACGGCGCUCGGCAAACCGAUCCCGGUCACAAGCAAGAGCAAGGUCAGCCAGAAUGCAUCACUCAAAAUGUUGCAACAGCAGCAACAACAGCAGCCGAGGUUAUCGAACGUGACGCUAAAGCCGCUCGCUGUCAUGAAGCAACCGCAGCAACCGUCCACAGCGGUUAAUGUGAGCCUAAAAACGGUCCGUAGUAGUCCAUCGUCACAAAAGGGAAGCGGCGGUACCAUUGGCAGCAAUGUAGCACCGAGCAAUGUUUCAUCUUCGAUGUUUUACAUGAAGAGUAACAGCGGCUCAGCAUCUGUGCCAUCCGGUGCGUCACUGGAGCUGCAACAAAUGGGUGGUAGUGUGCAGACAUCGUCCGCCUACCCAACAUCGACUGCGCAGACAGUCUUUCACAAUGCCCAAGCAAUUCAGCAACAGGCGCAGAUGGUGAUCCCAGUAUCAUCCUAUGCCCAGAGUAAUAGUAGCAACAGCAAUAGUAUCAGCACUGGGGCAGCAGCACCGUUGAAUAGCAUAAAACUGACGGCACCAAUUCAUCACAUCUUGGGUGGAUCGAAACAAUCCGGCACCGCCGGUGUUAACAUGCUGAAACCGGGCAAGAAUCAGCUGAUACAGAUACAUCAGGUAUCGUCUCAGUCACGUACGCAAUCUCCACAGCUGCAGAACACGUUUAUUGGUGGCAAUGUCAGUGUUACCGGCAUUCAACAGCAGCAUGUUGUUCUGCAGCAGCAGCAGCAGCAGCAGCAACAUACACCCGGAGCUACAAUGAUGAUAAACGUACCAACUUCGCUCACUAGCAAAGUAGUAUCUAGCGGUGGCCGAUUCACCACAUCUUCGAUCGGCGGUAGUACGGCGAAUUACAUUGUAAGCUCUGCGUCUAAUAUUGGAGUGUACGGCACAACAGCAACGCUAACAACGACAAACUCCUCGUCAACAAUCUCAGCAGCUGCCGGAGGAGGCGGAGGUGCAAGUGGAGGUCACAAAGGAUUAAACAAUCUCUACACGGCUGCCGCCACUGUUGGAGGAUACGAUCAGCAGACACUUGCUGAUACGGUUUCAAAGUAUUCCAGCGGCAAAAGCACAACAGGCAAUAGUCUAUCAAAUGUUAUCAACCCACCACCGAGUGGCAGUCCAUCGUUGAAAUCGGGCAAAGGUGCUGGAGGACGUGGACGCCACAAUAGUGGUAGCCAAUUUCAGCUUCACACUUCUCUGGCUUCGUCACCUCCGGUUGCUUCGCCGCAUUACGCCACGUUGGAACAUCAGAUGGCACCGUCCGGAGUGGAUCAGCAUCCGGUAUCAGUGAACCAUACGUCAUCGUCACCGUAUCGUUAUGCGUAUGCCUCCUCCCCAUCGAGUGUAGCGUCCACUAGGACGGCUGUAUCGCAACAGUCUGGAGCAAGCCCAUCCGGCGAUUCAGAUACGAUUUAUCUGAACGGUCAGUCAGAUGAAACGGCCACAGCACGAAUACUACAGAGUUUGUCGCAAAAAUCGCAUGAAACUUCCGGUAGUAAUACGAAGAUCUACUCCCGGCACCAUUCAUAUGAUCCAACGCAAUCCUCUGCUGCUGGAACUGUGGUUUCGGGUAGACAUCGCUAUGAUUCAUCUGGAUCAACGGACGGUCGUAGAAUGAGUGGAUCCGUUGAAGGCACAACGAUCCUGUAUGCGGAUAGUAUUCCAUUGCGUGAAUAUAGUACGACAAACACAAAUGCACAUCCCGCACACUACUCAGCGCGUGAUGAUGAAGAGGGAAAUAGCGUCGAAGUGCGUCCCGGUCCGGUGGAUCCAUCUGCCGGUCUGUUCUAUAUUCAGCAAGCCGUAAUGCAAGAUCACACCUACUGUGAACCUAUUUCGACGACUGUCACAGAACAACAUCGUAACUCUUUUCCAUCGGGAGUUAUUGCAUCGAGUCCGCAAAAUAUCACCUCGAAUGCUGCAUCAAUGGUGCAACAUUCCGCAUCCGGUUCCACUGGGACUGGUGUCGAUAUGAGCAGUUUAACGAUGAUAUCGUCAUCGCCACUAUCAUCGGGAAUAAAUUCGUCGCCGUCGACGAUGGCCGCACCGUCCGUUCCUUCCAGUAUCGGUGCCAGCAGUUCAUCCAUACUGAUACCGAUGGCACAGAUGAAUUUGGCUAAAUUGACUUCAGCAGCGGUGGCAAACGAAUUGUUAGGAGGCGCGAAAGGAACUCCCGGUGGUAUAUUCGAGUAUCUGUACCAGGCGAAGGGUGGUCUGUCAACAGCACGUCCGGGUGCCAACGAUGAUAAUGAUGAUACACAGUCAGUGAUCAGCACCGGUUCCCGUGCGGGACACGAUAAUGACUUGGGUGAGGAAACGGAUACAGCACCGGAGGGUGAAGGUGAAGAUGACUCUGUUACGCGUUGCAUCUGUGAUUUGACGCAUGAUGAUGGCUAUAUGAUAUGCUGUGAUAAAUGCUCCGCUUGGCAGCAUGUCGAUUGUAUGGGAAUCGAUCGGAUGAAUAUACCGGAUGAGUAUAACUGCGAACUCUGUCAGCCCCGUCCCGUCGACAAGGCACGAGCACGUCAGUUACAGUUGCACAAGCGCAAAGAGCAGAGUCUGUUUUUUGCCAACAAUAAUGUUACUGUGUCGGGAGCAACGUCCUCAUCGUCAGUAACACUAACGGAAGGCGGUGUAUCCGGUACAAAUCAGCAGCUGCCUCCGACACCACCGCUGAGUGUGAAGGGAGCCAAUCAUCACCAACAGUACGGCCAUCAUCAUCAUCAGCAGUAUCAGUACAGCGAUGUGCUGUCACAUCAGCAGCUGCCGAGUCAUUUGCAGCAAAGUAACGGAUCGAUCGGAACAAAUCAUGCUGUCCCAGCUACGCCCGCGAGAGGUUCGAAAAAGUCCAAAUCUGGUGGAAUUGGUGGGUCGCGCAAAAAAUCGGACAGUGUGUCAUCAUCCACGUCGAUGAAUGCACUGCUGGGUGCUACCAACAAUGGUAGUAACGUUGCGAAUGCUAUGAAUUUGGUACCGAACAGCGCAACAGCAUCGUCAACGAUGAUGAUCGGUGGUAGUGAAGGUGUGCCAUUACCGGGUACAAUAAUCUCCUCGGCCGGAACAAUGAUGGAUCCAGCAGCAGCAGCAGCAGCUACGAUGGCCAUAAUGGCCGCAUCCCAGCUGGCCGGUGGUUUACCUGCACCCAUGUCAACGUCUGCCGUACCAAUGUACUGUGAUAAUACUAUCAAUAGCAGUGGUGGAGUGUCGAAAAAGCUAAGUAAAAAAGCCGAAACGGCCCUAAACAGUCGUUUGAAUGGUGGCAAGCGUGUGGUCGCAGGGAAAGAGCUACGCUCCGUUCCCGUUGGUGCUCCUACGGCCGCCGCAUCGAGGCCUUCGAAGAAAAAAUCUAAGAGUGCAGAACAAAGCACAGAAAAGCUGAUGAACAUGAUACGGACUUGGAUCGACAGUUACGAGCGGGCGACGACGAAUCACUACUCACCGGAGCUGAGAGCUCGGUUGCAAGCGUUCGCUAAGCUGCAGGCCCAGAACCCACUGUUAACGGACAGUCGGCUGCUAACGGUACCGGGUGGGGUGAAUCAACCGCCACGCUGCACUACCGUACCGCAUGCUGGUGGAAAAAUUCUCAUCGGUACGAGUGACAUAGAACCACGGACACCGAUUAUUGAGGUGCGAGGUAAAUAUAUGCUUACUACGCAGCACAAACAGCUCCAGUCGCUGUUUAACAUGGCUGCGAAUGGUAAGCUAAGCCAGAACAAGAAUGCUGGUCCGUUCCUAUUUCUCUACCAGCUACCAGCGGCCGGCUGUGGUGGAAUGGAGCUGUGCGUAGAUACGCGCACGUACGGUAACGAUGCCCGUUUCGUGCGGCGAUCCUGUCGACCGAAUGCGGAGCUACUGCACAGUGUAGAGAAGGGCGUGGUGCAUCUGUACAUUGUAGCGACGACAAACAUAAAAUCGAACACGGAAAUUACGAUCCGUCACGAUGAACAGUUGAUUCACCGUAUGGGUGGUGUCGUCAUACUUACGCACACCACCGUAACGAACGUGUGUGCCUGUGGUUUGAUAAAGGAUUGUACCUAUUCGGCACAGCUUAAUGAAGCGACGGGUUUGGCUGGUGGAUCGGUGCCCGCAAGUACGACUAUUCCAGUUGGACCUACACCAGCAAUAGGAGGUACGAAGGGCAGUGGAAAGGUCGGUUCGAAACGGUCACUUGGUGAGAGUGGUCCGGAUCAGCCCGGGAAAGGAAAGUCGAAAAAGACACGCAAUAACAGUACGAGCCGGUCAGUCGACGGGCGCAAUCGAUCGAUUUCCUCGAGUGGUGGUGAGAGUGAUGCCAUGUUUGGUACACCUCAGAGUGCGGGUCUGUCCGGAUGUAUGAUGUCACCACCAACACCCAACGCCAUGCUUCAACCGAUGCCCCAACAACAACCACCGAACGUCCAUCCAGAACAUCAGCCACCGUCCCAAGCGAUGGUUUUGGGUCCUCCGUUGAUGGGUUCUCCCUUAACGCAACCGCAAGGCAUCGCUGCUAUUGGAUCACCGUUUAUGUAUUGCCAAGCACCGGUAGCAUCUCCUCACCAUACAUCAUCAGUGCCACAGCAAACGAAUGCGAUACCACCAACGUCACCGUAUCAUCAGUACGAUAUGAAUGUUCCGCUUCGUUCACCACCAGCACACAUGACACCGGUACGAUCUCCACAGCAAACACCUCCACUGACCGGAGGCAUUCCAUCCAAUCCACUGAUGCCACUAAAUACGGGUGUACCGCAACCGUUAACGCUUCCGCACCAAUCACCGAUCAAGAAACAAAUGCAGCAACUACAGCAACACUUUCAAGAACAACAACCGGAAGCGGCGGCUGCCCUACUAGCAAUGGCAUCCGGUGGUGGAUGUAUCGGUUCGCGUCCUGGCACGGCCGCACUCGAUGCAGCACUGCUGGAACAUGGUACGCGCAUGGAACUGAUCCAGCAACAGCAGCAACUGCAUCGUCUCGAAAUCAUGGAGGAUGUUAUGAAAAUACAGAUCAAACCUUCACCACCUGCUUCACCACUGAAACCACCCACCGCUGGUCCGAGAAAUUCGCCAGUUUCACUGUUGCUGUCACCGAAUAAAUCAGUACAGCCGCAGCAGCAGCAACAGCAUCAUCAGCAUCAGCAUCUUCCGUUAGUCGGAACGAAGGAGAUCAGUGGAACAGUCCUAUUUCCGCAGCAGAGUGCCCAGAUCAAGCAAGAACCGGGUGUACCGGUUGCUAUCGAUGUGGUAGAUUCGGUGAAGAAAGAGUACUGGGACACGAAGGAAGUACAGUUGCAUCCUGGUGGUGUUGCACCGUCAGCAUCGCCGCAAGUAGACGUGAAGGAGAUGAAAGAUAGUGCACCUGAUGUGAAACUUGAACCAUCGGCGUUGUCGCUUGAGACAGAGGCAAAGCUUCCACCAACCACAACCAUCACAGGUGAAAGUAGUAAUGUUACCAUUAAAACGGAACCAACACCUUCGUUAGCAUUCGGUGAGAAAAAGCAGGAACAACAAACCCCACCCGUACAAGCAUCUACUGUUGUCGUUGAACAACAACCAAUUGGUGUGAGCGCUGGACCGGCGUCAUCUUCUCCACUGAAGCGAUCCAGUUCCCCGAAUAACCAUCAUCACCAUCAUCAUCACGCUGGACAUCACCAUUCGUCGGGUAAAAGCAAGCGGAGUAGCGCAACCGGUGAACAUCAGCAGCAUACGCGGUCGGAGAAGAAGCAAACAGCGGAAAAGCCCAAUCGCAAGCUAACCCGUGAGGAGCGUAAAAUGGAAGCGAUAGUGAAAGCGUUUGCAAAGAUGGAACAGUCGCAGCAGCGGAAACAGGAGCUGAAGGAACAACGAAAGGAUGGCAUUGCAAUUCCGGGCAGUAAACGGCGCAGCAUUUCUACGUCGAACGCCGGCACGGGUGGCAAUCUGUCAGACGAUGGUACGAUGGAUGGUGGAACAGCAACGGGCACAUUGUCAACGUCCAGUGGGGCUUUAUCUGCCAACACCUCUUGUGAAGGUGUGAGCGUCGAUCAUUCGUUCGGGUCCGCGUUUAACGCUAGUUCAUUCUCGAGCGGUGGCAGUUGCAGUGGAAGUAGUAGCAGUGGUGGUGGUAAGCGAAAAACUAGUAUUCGUUCAUCUUCCAAAACGCGUUCGUCGAAAAAGAAGAAGAGCAAGGCAGUUAGUCAGCAUUUUGCAUCGUCAACGCAGCAGCGCCGCAAAAAGCUUGCAGCAGCAGCCGCUCGGUCGAGAUCCAAAUCAAAGUCAACGACCAAUAGUCGGGUGCAGCAACAGAAGCAGCAGCAGCAUGAUCAGAAGGACCAACAUCAACUGCAGUCGACGAACAGUGUUGAGGGUGAAGUGUACGGUGGUAAUCAUUAUGAUAAAGCAGCUGAGCUUUUGCUAACCUUUUCACAAUCGGCUACCAGCAGCAGUGGUGCGGCACAGUUGAUGGGUGUCACCUCGGCAAACGUUGGAGGCGAGCCGCCGAGUAUGGGCGGACCACCACCACCCGGUGUUGGUGUUGGAAGUGGCAGUCUUCCGAUGUUGAGUUCCGCCUGCAUGCUGAUUGAAGCGGCUGUUGGUCCAUUAGAAAAUGCUUCCACCAUGCUGAUGGGUUCCGUAGGACGUCCGUUGAACCUACCCGUUUCGGUAAUGCCACCAUCCGCUGCAGCGCCGUCGCCACCUGUUAUAUCACAGGUGCUCGAGUCACCCGGACCGGUGGAGCAGCAAGAUUUCAAGUACCCGGCAAAGGCAAAAACGAAGAAAAGCAUGAGCCGGGAAUGGUUAAGCGGUCAUCAGCUAGCCCUGGAGCAGACCGAUUCCGGUUAUGCGACUACGCCGACAGACGAUCGAAACAGCACCAUUGAUGUGCCCGCUUCCUUGCCGCACCAUCGUCAACCGUUACAUUUGAAAACGAACUUUGACGAACAGUCCGGUACAGGUGAAGGUGGUAACAUUAUGAUCGCCGCCAAGAAGGUGGAAGAAUUCAUUAUGCAAAAUUCGCCCCAGCCGGAUGAUAAUGCGACAAACUGCUGCACGACUGCAUCGGUUGUAGUUUCUGCAUCGUCCACCCAGCAGCAGCACGGUGUCACUGGGAAAUGGCCCACCAUGGUAUCAUCCAGCGGUGGCGAGAUUAAUACGAGCGGACCGUCGGAAAAGAUGGAAAGUGCCGCAGUAAAGAAACGAUGGCUCCGGCAAGCAAUAUCGGAGGAAACGGAUGAACAUCCCGGAGGACCCAGUAUCGGGUUACAUUCGUCUUCUUCAUCAUCAUCUUCGCCUCCGCCGCCGAAUGGUUUUACAACUCCACUAAAGAAACGUCGCGUUAUUCGCGAAAAUCCACUAUCAUCGGAUACGAACAAUCAGACCGUUGUUCCAUCGGACGUACAACAGCAGCAGCAGCACAUGCAACAGCAAAUGUUCGUUUCGACGAAUGCGCCCCUCGGAUCGAAUUAUACGGAUGGUAGCAACUUAGUAGUUGGUACAGCGAACAGUGGGCCUAACAGCAAUGCGUUGUUUUGGGACCAUUCCGUCUCACCGGAGAAACAGGCGAUGGAUCUUUCCUCACAUCGUGCUCCAUCCAACACAGGCGGACCGGUGAAAAUGCUUACUCCACUUCACUUUGCCGAUCCUGGACCGAUGCCGACUGCGAGUGCUACUACACCCUCAGUAACAGUACCGCCAACACCACCAGCACCAACAGCAGCAGCACCUACGGCUCAGGUGGUAUUGGCUGCUCAACAGCAGCCUUCACCUACCAUCACUGUUCAUCCUCAGAUGCAUCUUGGGGGUGGUGUAGGAGUAGCGCCACAAGCUCACCAGCAUCUUCAUCAUCAUCAUCAGUAUCCCCUGCUUCAACAAAUUCAUCACCAACCCCACCAUACGAUUCCACUGGCAAUGGCUGCCCAUAUCCAGUAUGAAUCGAGCGUGGUAAUGACGGAACCAUCAUCCAUUAACGUUGAACCGCCACUAGCGGUGAUUGCCCCGGAAAGUACGCAAGUGGAAAAAGAACCCGAAUACACGCCGCAAGUAACACCUGCUCCAGUGUACACCGAUCGUCCUGCAGAGGUAAUCGAGGAACAAGUUGUAGAACAGCAAGUGGAGGAGGUGGUGGAGGAAGAAGAAGAGGAGGUGGUUGAACAGGUGGAGGAGGAGGACGAGGAAGAGGAAGAGGUAAUGGUAGAACAGGAAGUGAUGGUUGAGCAGGAUGAAUUGCUGGAGCAGGAAGUCGUCGAGCAGGAGGUGGUAGUGGAACAGGAAAUAGUGGAAGAGCACGAGUCGAAGAAUGAUUCCACAACCAUUAUCGAAACUAGUGCUGCGUCUGAUGAAUCCGAAUCGAUGAUGGAAGCAUGCCAGUCUGAGGUAGAACUAUCGGAGCCAACGAUCGACAGCAAAGGAUCUACACCGAGCAAAGGAAGUCAGAAAUACAUCGAACAUGAUGUAGAUGAGUUCGCUGACCUGGUGGAAGAGAUUGUUCAGGAGUCGUACGAAGCCGACCAGAAGCGUGCGUCGGCAGCGAAGGCUCAGCUAGAAGCGGCUAAGGCAUUAUCAGUUCCGGCAUCAGACGCAUUACCACUAUCUGGGGAAAUGGCCAUAAAGGGUAAAGAGUAUUCGAAAGCUGUGGAAACGACAGCAAUGAGUGCUUGUGCUGAACCAGUCCUUGUACAGGGAGGGUCUACUGUCGUCGUCGUGCCGGAAAAGAAGCGAAGGGAUGUGAAAGUUAAUAAGGACGAAUCACUCAAAGGCCAAGAACAAUCGGCUGCAGUAUCUACCGAAGCAUCAAGGACGAAAGAUAACAAAGCCGACGGUGUGGAGUUCAGCUAUUCUGUACCGAAUGCGGAGAAGAAUGUGAGCGCAGAUGAUCAGCAGGAAACUGGUACGGGCAUCGAUUCGCUCUCAUCCACGUUUGAUGAAAUCGUGGAAACGAUUGUCGAGGAACGAUUGGCUGCAAUGAACGACGAAUGUCCAACGGAGGUAAUCGACGAAGGUGAACAUGCCAGCGACGAUACGGACGGUGGUGCUGAGGAGGAAUCGGUGCUGGUAUACGUGCAAGAAGAGGAGGAAGAGAGCAACUCGAAGGUGCGCAUCGAGGACGAGGACAGCGAGGAUGCGCUAAUGCGCGAGGUAGAGGAAGAGAUGUUGGAAAUGAUGUCGGAAACAAGCGUACUGCGGCAAGGUCUACCGGGCAGUAAUGAAGACGAGGAGGAAAGGGACGUUAGGUUCAUAGCGGAGGAAGAGGACGAACCGGUGAAACCUGAGGUAGUGUUGAAGCCCGCUAAAAGCGACAGCACCGAACGGACGGUACCACCAACGGUAGCUUCUAGUGUCUCGCCGAAGAAUGUAACCAAUGGUACCAAGGAAGAAUUGAACAAAACGCCACCAAAGCGUCCGGUUGCUGCUACGGAAGACAGCGAGCAGAAUGAGCUUGCCGAUCUGCAAAAGGUGAUCGCCUCGUUCCAUUCCGAGAACAUCAUGAAUCUGAUCUCGCGAAACCGAAGCAAAUCGAAGAAGGGCGGUAGUAGCAGUGUAUCUCCACCGAAUGCAGCUAGAGCCGUAGCGGAAGGUACGUCUGCAGUCAAGAAGCAGGUGAAGCUAAACUUCGAUCUGUGCAUGAAGGAUGAUGCUGUGAAUGUAACUUUGCAGAAGACGAUCGGCACUACGGAAGUUGCAGGUGGCGGUGAAAGCCAGCCCGCUGAGACGAAUGCUAUACCGUCGAGUAAUGCCACAGCGUUACCUCCGAUGGUUUUGCCACCGUCAUCAGUGUCGGUGCUUGCCGCCUCCUUAACAACGCUUGCGACUUCCUGCCUAAUGUUAACACCACCGUCAAGCAGUGUAGUGGUUAGUAACUUGCAUACGAUCAAACCGAUUCCUGCACCUAACAGUGCGGCCGUCAUACCAUCGGUAACAACGUUUGGCAGUGAACCGAUUCGGUCGUUCUCCACGUUACGGCCGGAUCCGCCUAUGUCUGCGACCGGUUUGGUACCAGGAGGACAUCUUAGCACACUGGGUGGAUAUCAUAUGCAUCAGCGUGCCGCUACAGGAACGUCAUCGUUCCUAGACUAUUCAUCCGUCAGUUCGGCGGCCACACCAGCUGUUGGAACUCCAUCGAACGUUGGAGCUACUGGACCAGCGGGUGGAAUUUACCAGUACCGCUCGGAGGUAUCCAAUCUACUGGAGCGGACCUCCAUGUUGGCACCGCUACAUCGUCCCACUAGCUUCUCAACUCUGGGCUCCCUGACGUCUCCUUUGGUCGGUGGUGGAGCUGUCAAGUCAUCGCUUCUACUCGGUGCAACCGAAUCGUUAUCCACCCUCGGCAGUACGGCUGCUACAUCAUCCAUCGUUGCCGGAAAUCUAACACCGACGGGUACCACCCCACCGGGAGGUUUACCUGCCGUUGGAAGCUAUCCGAAGAUAUACACCAAAACAGCCAGUUCAGAUCCACGGCUUAAUCCGGCCCUGGUAGCAGCAUCGUCCGGUACGGACACUGCAUCCACUACGGGAGCAGGUCCAUCAACCACACCGAUCACUCCGAAGCGCAAACUCUCCAUUACCGAAUACCGCAAGCGCAAGCAGCAAUCUUCCACCGAAGGUAAUGCUUCCUCGACGACAAGCUCAACACCGACGACCACCAGCACGGGUAUUGGAGCGUCGGCGACACAAUCACCUUCGGCGAUUGUAUCAUCCGUGUCGUCGGCCCUAUUAGCAUCGAAGGGAAGUAGACGGGAAGAGUCGGCGACUGCUGGUGGUGGGACAUCCUCCGUCAGCAGCGCUAUCAGCAGCAACGAUGUGAGCAGCUCGAUCAGCCGAGAGCUCAUAAUGGCGCUGGAUCUCGACCUACCGGAGGAAGCUAAAUCGGGCGACAAUUCCAAUUCUUCGUCCUCUUCGUCCAGCAUCGGUGGUCGUGUACGGGGCGUAGUUGCCGGCAUCAGCAAUGGAACGUUGGGUAAAUUGAGCGGAAAAGAUUCGGGCAGUGGAAGCAUUUCACCGGCGGACCAUACGGCAACGAACCACCAUUUGCACCAUCACAACCACUAUGAGGGACUAUCGUCCACCGAAGAAAUAACGACCACUUUCAGUGCUACACCUACCUUGGCCGAGUUGCGCAGCGAGGGUGGAAUGUCGGCGGAGCGGUUAAAAUCGCUCAAAUAUUUCCCCUAGAGCGCUUCAUGCGAGCAAAAUGAUCUGUUUGUCCCUAGGCGGAUACGUGUGAACCCUGGAUCAUCAUCAUCGUAAAUGGCAUGCGGGUCAUGUCGUUAAGCAACAUAGCGACACCACGACGUCAUUAGCAUUACUGUUGUGAAGUAAGUGAAGCGAGUCUUGUCAUAAAUCCGUACUUCAAUGUAGUGUUGUGAAAGUUCUAGGCAGUUCUAGAUGGAAUGUGUUGUGUAUAACUCAGGAAGAACAGAAGCAAUAGGAGAGGAGAAUUUAUUUUACUACUUUCUCUGACGGUUUCGAGAAUUGACGAAAUCAUCGUGAGAUGGAAGUGUGUUAAGGGGGGUAAUAUCGGCCCUACAGCACCGUCAGUUCUUGUUUGCCCGUUGGUCUUUUGGAAAUGAUACGUUUGAGCGGUUGCGCCUAUAAGAAGAAAAAUGCGUAUUGAAAAGAAUACUUAAUUUUGAGAUAGCAUCAAGGUUAGGAUUUUUUUUUACAUAUUAGGCACAGACUAAAGUUAUCUUGCUUUGCCGAAACCUAUUACAUUCUUCCUGCUGUUACACACAUUUAUCUCGGCCCAUACCCCUCGCCUCCCCAUUAAUCGAAACACAGAAAAGGCGCCAAAAGUAAAUCAAAACUGUAAAACACUCGAAAUAUCAAAAGAAGAGGAUUAAAAGAAAAGCAACGAAAAGGGUAAAAAACGGAAAACAGAUACAAAAUAAUCAAACACGUGAACGGGCAAGGACAUGUUUCCCGUUCCCGUUCGAAUGUGUGGGCACAUAGAACCCCGGGGUGUCACACCGCACACAAAAUGCAUAUUGAGCAUGUGUUACAACACCUAGUACAAAGUACAAAAGCGAGGUAGAGAAGCAAGAAGCGACACAGGGAAAUCGGAAAAUAGGCAGGCGAAAUCGAACUAUAUACAUAGCUAUAUAUAUAUUUUUAAACUUUGCAAUUGAAAUAAUUUAAUGUCCCAAACACACACAUACAUACACACAACGCAUAAGCGAAACUUUUGUGUAGUGCUAUAUUGGAAGAUAUAAGGAUAGGUUUAGAUCGCCAACGGGAUUGUAACCGCUGGAAAGUAGAUUUAUUUUUAAUUCUUUCUUUAUUAUUAGUUACAUUAUGGUAGUUAGCUACCAUUGAUCGGAUUAAGGAACGCUCUCGAAGAAAAAGAAGAAAAAAAACAAAUUGUGAGGAAACCGAAUUUGAACAGUGCUUCUCCGGUGAGACGUGAAAAAGUUGUGUUUAGCGUGUUAGCUUUUAAUAGUACAUUUCAUUUUUAAUUUUACACUGUUAACGCCUAAUAAUAACAUCCGUUGUCAGUAAGCCUUUUAUUAGUGAUGAACUACAUUACAUGUGAUUUUUUUCCACUUCUGUUUGAUAUUUUUCAUUUCUCCUACUUCAUUUCUCUCAACAACAAUCCUUCAACCGUAUUGGCAAAUCUGUCUGUUUUAUUUUUUUCUUUUAAAUCGAUGCAUAGCAUACAGGGUGUUAUUUGAAAAUGUAAAUUACUGAAAGGUAGAAAUAGUACACACACAUACAAACACUCUCUCUCUCAGUUAGAAAAUUAUGAUUUAUUAUAAUAUUCUUUUAAGUUAAGAGUUUCUGGAUGAGAAGUUAAACAUGUGGAAGUGUUUUUGUUUUUGUGUGUGUAAUUUUCUUACAAACGAUUCUCUUGUGUUUGUGUCAUAAGCUUUGCAGGCCUGCUUCGAUGUAAUAUAUGUAAAAUUUAAGAUACACAAGCUCUAUAAUCAAUUGCAAAAUGACCGUGAAUUGGUUUUGCCGGUGACCGGGUUGGGGUGGAUGUAAUUAUAUUGUAAGAACUUUUCAAUGAAAACAAUUUUUAACUAAACAACAAAAAAAACAACUACAGUGCAGUACCAUCGUUUCGUAUGUGCGCGGAUGUGUAUAAGUUUUGGGAAUCGUAUUUUGCUAUUAAAGUGCUAUAAAGCUGUAACUGUAAACGCAUAUACACAUUCAAUCAAUACAAACAUAGUUAUGCUAAGUGAAUGAAUGCGGAAAGAAGCUGCACAAACACACUAACACACGCGGGGGGAAUAAAGAAGAUAAUGCAAAUUGCUUGUGUAAAUACGGAGAAAAAAAACCUGGCGCACAGGAUUUACUAAUAUUUUGAACAAUCUAUUAAGGACAGCCGGACACUCUUACUACUUAAGUUUUUAAGUGAAAUGAAAACAAACACAUGUGUACGUGCGGUUUGAGUCCCAGUUGAAAUACAGCCUCCUCCGGUGUGCGGUUGUGUGGUUGAUGUACAGUGAGUGCAAGUGUCACGAGAGACAAUGUGGAAGCUUAUACUAAAUAACUUAUUAAAAGGAGAAAACUAAGUUUGCCUAAUGUAAAAAGAAGAGAGAAGCAAAAAGCAUUACUACCCUUGUACAGGACGAAUACGAAGAAGAAGGAAGGAAAGUGAAUUAAUUCGAUAAUUAUUUAAGAAAACUGAUUGAAAGGUAAAUGAAAACGGUAAUUAACUACAAAAACCCA